GAUUCGGUUCCUACCUGUUUGGGUGUUUUAUUCCCCCCCCCUUUUCCCCUCCGUCCCCUCCCCUCCCUCUGCCAGCCGUGUGCCGGGAGGGAGGGGGGGGGACGGUGAGAUUGGCAGGGUCGCUAUUCCCCAGCCUCUCCGGAGAAAAGUCGAGGAAGGGAGCUCGCCUUGGCGCCCAUGGAUGCGUGGGGGGCCCCCACGCCCCUCUGGGGCCGCCGCCGCGGGGCUCGGCUGCUGCUUCUGCUGCUGACCGUGCGGCUGGGGAGCGGAGCAGAUAAAGCAGAUGAUGAAGAUGAUGAAGAUCUAACAGUGAAUAAAACAUGGGUCCUGGCACCAAAGAUUCAUGGUGGGGAUGUAACUCACAUACUGGACUCCUUACUUCAAGGAUAUGACAAUAAGCUUCGGCCAGACAUUGGGGUGAGAACCACAGUAAUUGAAACAGAUGUCUAUGUUAACAGCAUCGGCCCAGUUGACCCAAUAAAUAUGGAAUACACUAUAGAUAUAAUUUUUGCCCAGACUUGGUAUGACAGUCGUCUAAAAUUUAACAGCUCAAUGAAGGUGCUUAUGCUUAAUAGCAAUAUGGUUGGAAAAAUUUGGAUUCCAGACACUUUCUUCCGGAACUCAAGGAAAUCUGAUGCUCACUGGAUUACAACUCCAAAUCGUUUGCUUCGAAUCUGGAGUGAUGGAAGAGUAUUAUACACUCUAAGGCUGACAAUUAAUGCUGAAUGUUAUCUUCAGCUUCAUAACUUUCCUAUGGAUGAACACUCCUGUCCACUGGAGUUUUCAAGCUAUGGGUAUCCCAGAAAUGAAAUUGAAUACAAAUGGAAGAAAACCUCUGUUGAAGUGGCAGAUCCAAAAUACUGGAGACUGUAUCAAUUUGCAUUUGUGGGGUUACGAAAUACAACUGCCAUUUCUCAUACCUUGUCUGGUGAUUAUAUUAUUAUGACAAUCUUCUUUGAUCUCAGCAGACGUAUGGGGUAUUUUACUAUUCAGACGUACAUUCCUUGUAUACUCACGGUUGUUCUUUCAUGGGUGUCAUUUUGGAUCAAUAAGGAUGCAGUUCCUGCAAGGACUUCUCUAGGCAUUACAACGGUGCUAACUAUGACAACGUUGAGUACAAUUGCUAGGAAGUCACUCCCCAAGGUUUCCUAUGUGACAGCAAUGGACCUUUUUGUUUCAGUUUGCUUCAUUUUUGUGUUUGCUGCCUUGAUGGAAUAUGGCACCUUGCAUUACUUUACCAGCAACAGAAAAGGGGACAAAGGAAAAGAAAAGAAGGCAAAAUCUAAGCCAUCAAAACCACCUGCAAUUGCUGUUCGACCUGGAUCAACACUAAUUCCAAUUAAUAACAUUAAUCAUCUCCCUGAACGUGAUGAUGAUUAUGGAUAUGAGUGCCUAGAAGGGAAAGACUGUGCUAGCUUCUUCUGUUGUUUUGAAGACUGCCGCACAGGAUCUUGGAGAGAAGGAAGGAUACACAUCCGUAUUGCAAAAAUUGAUUCGUAUUCUCGAAUCUUCUUUCCAACUGCCUUUGCAUUGUUCAAUCUUGUUUACUGGAUUGGCUAUCUUUAUCUAUAAAUUUCAGAGAUUUGACAAACUCAGAAAAAAAUGCUGAUUUAACAAUCAUUAACACUUUGCAGUGAUCAAAGAUUAGAGCUGGUCCAAAAUGACUCAAAUUGUUUGAAUGCUUUAAAAAUUUGAAACAACGAGAGAAAAUACGGUGAUGUAGUCUCCCUCUUGUGAUCAGCUGUAGAACUAAUGCUGGUAUUUUAAAGAAAAAGUAUAAAUAUAAAUAUCUCUAAUAUUUAACUUGCCUGAACACAUACUUAUUGUUGUCUUGCAAAAUCAGGAGGCUAUGUUAUUUUACUGGAGUGUUCUACAUAAACUUCCAGUUUUACUCCUAAAUGAUAACGUAGAUGAAUUCUGUAGCAUCUCUUACACCUUUACAAAGAAAGCCUUAAUAAAAUGGGAUUAAUUGUUCUCAUCCAUUUCAUUUAUAAGGUGAUUAUUUUAUUAAUCCCUUAUUUUAAAAAGUUGAAAUGGAACAUUUUUAUUUUUCAACCAGCCAUUUGUUCUCUGCAGCAUGUUAAAAAGAGUGAUUAAGUAAUAGUUAAGUACAUUCAGAUUUAUACAGAAUUCACAGAUUAGAGCGGUGAGUAAUCAGUGUAUCACAAAAACCCCAGGGGUAAUUCUGAGCUUGUCUUAUCCUGACCGUAAAUAAAGGCUUUUGGCUUUCAACCUUAGAUUGCAUUUAUGUCUAUGCUCCAUCUGUCUUUAGUUCAGUGUUGUGAGCUCCCAAAGUCCUCCAAGAGGGCUACAACUUUCAAAAAUUCCUACGCAGCUGCCAUUGCUUUCUCAUUUCAUGGAAACCAGACUCAUAUUGGCUGAGAUUCUGGCCAUUAAGCCUAAUGCUCUUCAUGUCCUUCCCAUUCUCCUUUCUCUGACUCAUACUCAGGACCACAAAAAAAGUCAUAACUCUACAUUCUGUAGAAUUUCUACAGUCAGAGUUUGGAAAACUUGUAAUAGUGCUAUAGUUGUAUUAAAAGCCACUAUGUUAAAUCUCCAACCCUACGAGUGUAGUGUGUGACCUGCUGCACUUUGCAUUCAGUAUGAUUUUGUAGAUUCUGCUUGUUACUGCAUAAGCUACUCACUGAGCCAAAGCCAGGUAUGGACUUAACUGAACCUGUAUUAUGGAUUGUUUUGUAAUUACCUCCUUGAUGUAUGUUUGUUGCUAAAUGGAAAAGACUUGUUACUGGGCAAGGUAGGGGGGAAGUAUUUAUCCUUAUGCAUUGCAGAUCGUUCUCCAUGAUGAGAUGUUUCCCCCCAGCAAAACUCACAGGAUCUGUUCUCCAGCCUUUCUGUGGUCAGAGCUGCUGUUCGCUCUGAUACUAAUUCUUCAGUAGUAGCCUUUCUUGUGGACUGUCUUCUCUGUGUUGAGUAUUGCUGACUAGCAGCAUUUAGUAUUUCAUCUAUAUUUUUAAAUCCAUUGUCUUCAUUAUGGAAAAGUGCAGUUGUUCCUCCUUUUUUAAAAAGGAACUGGUCUCAAGUGAGCUUGCAAAAAUCAUUGUAAAAUUAAGAUAUGCAUUAAGUAAAAUUCAGAAUUACACAGAAGACUCUAUAGAUCUUUAAAGAGGAUUAAUGGGAUUAACAUUUGGCUGUAGGUAAAGGAUGUUCAGUACUGGAGAUAAAGACAUGAUUAAUGGCUAAUAAUAGAAAAUGAUACAUGAAGAACCCCUCCCCCCCAAUAUUUCUGUUGAAUGUGCUCCCUCUUUCGAUUUUCUCAGAAAAGAUUAAUGUAUUUUUAUAUUCUAGUUGGUACCAGACAUCAUAAAAUAUGAUAUGCAAUACACAUUUCAGAUGAAAUGUUAAUGCAGUGUUCAGCCCUAAAGUUUAAUAGAGAAUGCAAGACUAUGUGCAGUGAUUCUGGUAUGGUAUGGUAGAGAAGAUUCCAUUUUAAUGCAAACUUUAUUUCAGUAUUUAGCUGAUGAAAUAUGGAAGAUGUUGAAAGAAUCUGAAAGCCUGCUUUUGAGUUUGGCUGACAUUAUUUGUUGCAUGACCUUUCUGAGCACCAACUUCUUCUGAUUCUUAGACUGAGCAUGGAAGUGUGACAUCAUUAACAGCAUUGAUCUACUGCAAUGUGUUGUUUCUUUAGAGUUUCAUUUUCAGAAAAUGUUCAGUACAAUGGCAAUGUGUCAGUUUUAAUUCUGUAGUGCGGUUUGAUGCUUCUUGACAGUAUACUAAACACAUUCCUCUAUAGGAGGGAGCUUCAGCAGCAGCAUGUUGGGUGUGCACUUGAAAAGCAGUCUACUCACUGUGCAAUACAAGGCCCAGAUUUUGGGAGCUCCUGAGUUUCAUUUAUUCACCUUUAAACAAAAGGAACUUGAAAGAUCUUGGCAGUUCAUAAGGGGAAAUACAAAUUUCACAGCGUGCUCUCCUUUGGCACAUCUACUUAGCCUUUUCUAUACAUGCAAUUGUCAGUUGCCAAUCAGCCUCCAGUGACUGAAUUGAAGAACAGAAAACAUCUUGAAUUGGCAAGGGAUGGAUAAGAAGUCUUUAAUCUCUAAUUUCUAUGAAACAAUGUAAUGGGAUAUUAAAUCUAUUGAAUGUUAUGACUGUUUGGCUUAUAGAUACACUUGCUAAUGUCUGUUGACAAACUUUUCUGUGUACUUAAUUUGUUUCUGAUUCAAUAAUUUUAGUUUCCCAUAGUACUGUCAGUGCAAAUAGAAAUGGGAAUGCAGUAAACUGUAACAUGGCAUGUAAUAAAUGUGUUAUUUUAUUCCUAUGUGUUUUCUUUCUGAUCUGCAUGUGAAGACUUAAUUUCAAGAAAUCCAAGUGAUACUCAUAAAAAUGACAAAAAUAGAGACUAUAAUUACUUGGACUUAGAUGCUGCAAUCAUUUUUCAAACCUACCUGGGUGAAAGUUCAUUUACUGAUGUCUAGGAUCACAGUAUUUGGGGUCAUAUUAUUCUGACCAUUACUGCUUAAGCACGAGCUUAAACCUAUUCCUAAUCAGUACUGUAAUUAGAGUGGAAUGCAGGAAAGCAUAUGCUUAAUGUACUGCCAUAGUGAUGCUAUCCUGAAUUGAUGCCGUUAACACAUGCUUAAUUUGCACUAAUUUCAAUAAUAAGUGUUCAGUAGCUCCAGUAAUUGAACAUUAAGGAUGUGACCCAGAGCCUCAUAAGUAGGAAGUUUUCUCACUGAAAGAGAAUGUAAAAGGAGAAACUGCCAUAAAGGCACAGAGGUGAAAGACCAGGAAAUCUGUUUCAUACUGCACCUAUCUUAGGUAUCUCCUGAAAUAUUUUUUUUAACAAAGGAGACUUUUCCUUGAUAUUUCUGUGUUAAGUGUUCACCACUUCUUUGUUUUAGUAGUGAGUACAGCUCAAUGUGUUAUUUCUUGGUAAGGUUUUGACUGUGAUUGUACCUCACUGACCUUCAGUGCAUGUCUUCUGUGUCUGAAGGAAUCUGUUUUAUGUGGUGGCAGUGCAACCCAUGCACGAGCUUUUAUAUUCACAUGUUCAUGUGCUUAAGGCUUUAACCUUAUCCAGUUUUCUGAUAUUCAGAGACAUAGGAUUGUGUAAAACUUCGAAGGAGAAUCACCUCCAACAUGUUAUGAUUUUCUGUUGCUUGAUAUAUGAACUGAGCUCUGUAAUUUCUGAACAGCUUUGACCUUUCAAUUGAAAGCUCAGCAGAGGAGUCUGGAUUUAAAUAUCUGUCUGUCUGAAGUAAGAUAUUUUUCGUUUAAUUACGUUGGACAUCAUUCCAAUUUACUGCUUCAGAAUACCUGAGAAUUAGUGCAAAUACAUCUAUUUUUUAAUAGUUGCUAAUAUAAUUGUCUUUUUAUUUACUUGUACUUUCUAUCAGUCAUACAUUAAAUGUGAUCUUAGAAUAGAAUCGUAGAAUGGUUUGAGUUGGGAGGGACCAUAAAGAUCACCAAGUGCCGAAGCUCUGCCAUGGUCAGGGACACCUUCCACUAGGUCAGGUUGCUCAAAGCCCCAUCUAGCCUGAUCCCAAACACCUCCAGGGGUGGGGCAUUCAUGACUUCUCUGGGCAAACAGUUCCAGUGCCUCACCACACCAACAGUAAAAAAUUUCUGCCUAAUAUCUAGUCUAAAUCCACUCUCUUUCAGCUUAAAACCAUUACUUCUUGUCCUAUCACUACACUACCUGAUAAAGAGCCAUUCCCUGGCUUUCUUGAGGGCCCACUUUAAGUAUUCGAAGGCUGCUGUAAGCUCUUCCCAGAGUCUUCUCUUCUCUAGGCUAAACAAGCCCCACUGCCUUAGCCUGUCCUCAUGUGGGAGGUGCUCCAGCUCAUCUUCAUGGUCCUCUUCUGGACUUGCUCUAACAGAUGCAUGUCCUUCCUCUGCCGAGGACUCCAAAACAGACUACAGUACUCCAGGUCAGGUCUCACAAGAACAGAGUAGGGGCGUAAUCAACACUCUCAAACUGUUGGUCACACUUCUAUUUAUGCAGCCCAGACUACACUUUUUUUUUUUUUUCUUUUAUCAUUAUGAAAUAAUACUGUAUUUUGUAGUCAUUAAAAUAGAUGCAGAAAAUAGAAACUAACAUAGAAUUCCCCAGCUAAAGAAUACAAGGACAGGAAUUAGAAUUGCUGUGCUUUCUUUUCUGAAAAAGCUUAGUGAAUGUCCACAUGCCCUAACUGAAUGUGCUGUGGAGGAGACUGAUUCAUGGGGAUAGGGACAAUGCUCUCUGGGCUUUAGAUAAGGCUUCUGCCAUUGGUUAAUGCCAUGGGCUUGCUACCUAAGUCAUUUAAAUCAGUGAAAGGAACAAUCUGUCCUUACUUCUUCACCUCUUGCUUCUGCUUCACUUAUGCUAGUGAUAGCAAUUGUAAAAUUAUGUUGCAAGAUUAAUCAAAACUUAAAAAUUUCUCUUUAUUUUACUUUUUUGUGAGUUAAUGUUUGAACCAGAUGGGCGGGGUCAUGUGAGUGAUCAUGCGAAGACUAUGACCAUUUAUUCUGGUCCAAUACAGGUGAUGGGGGCUUGCAGCUAGAGGUAGAGGGGUGCCUUCUUAGGACAGGCAUAUUUCCGUUGACAAUCUGCAGUGAAAGCUGGCGUGGGGGAAGGAGAAAAAUGGAGUAGAAAAUGCCACAGGGAAAAGUGGUUCCAGAAUCCAGUUACGUGGGUCUGAGUGACAUAUUUUGUUAAUAGAUUUCUCACUGGCAUCUGUGAUAAUGCUCUUGAUUUCCUUGCUAUAUAUAUAUAUUUAAUUAAAAAAUACCAAAACAACCUCCAAACUCUGCAGUUCCUUGAUUCAUCACUUGAAUGAUGAAUGAGUGGUGGAUAGUUAUCUUGAGUGAUUAUUCUGAUGAAAUGUCAGAUGGAAAAUCAGAAAUCAAGUUAAAUUAGAGAAAGGUUAUCUUUUUUCUCAUUUCAUUAUUAAUUAUAAAACUUUUUUAAUUAUUGAAUAUUAGUUAGUACAGUAGACAGUGGGAAAAAGCUAGUACCCAGGUGUCUACACCACUGUUAGUCCUCUCGACAGCUAAUACGCUUGGGAGUGGAAACCUGACCCAGACUACAUUGAAUUGUUUGAGUUCCUCUCUCCUUCAAGCAGUGGAAAGGUGUAUUGUGAUUAUGUCAGAUGUGAACUAGAAUAGCCAGUGGGCUCCAAAGAGUUUGGUAAGUUUCUGGUUAAAAGAAAGGGUGAUUUCUGCCUACUGGACUAUAAUUCGAAACAAGGUACGUGCUUCCCUUCAGAAGAUGGAUGUGUGCUGUGACUUCCAGCAUGCUGCAAAAGCAUCCCUGCCGCGAUGUUUUUCUUUGCACAGGAGCAGUUUCAUUGAGUUGACUGUUCUGUUAUGAGGCACUGAGGUAUUCUCUGUGCUGUGUAUGAGAGAGUUUUGAUUACACUCCUGGGAAGGUGACUAAAUCUUGUCACAGGACUCAGUAUCGUGGGUUUUGAGUUGUCUUUUGGAUCUUUUACGAUUCUAGUGAAAAGGCAGUGAAUACUAAACAGUUGAUGUUAUUUACUAGUAAAUGUCAUUGAGAAAGCUGGAGUGUGGCAAAUGCUUUGGAGGAAACCUCAGGCAACCCAUGGAUUAGACCAUUUAGAUUAGCUAAGCUCUAAUAGACUGAAGGAUCUAGCCCUUUUUUUUCCAUAGGCUGGUCUUGUUCCUCACUAGCAAUAUGCUUUUUCUAAAAAAAAAUCUUAAAAGCCUCACAUUUUAAGGAAAAAAGAGAAUCUGUAAAAUUCCUAGGCAAUGUCAUUCCCCUUCAUUGUGACAAAUCCUGCUUUGCCUGCAAAUUAUGCUUAUGGUAGGUCAACAUUACCUGAGCUGCAUGAGGAGAGUCACACAGGAUGUAAAACAGAAGACCUGUAAACUAUUCUAUGUUGUUCUUCCUCUCAGUUCCUUUUCUUAGUCAAGAAAAGAGCUUCUGAAGAGUAGGUAUAUGGCCUGUAAACAAGGACACUUUUGCUUCUGACAGCAGGGCCUGAGUCCCAGUAGCUGACAGGAUCAAGAGAGACAGGAGUCCGCUUGCAGUAAUAAGGCUUCUCUUUGUAAUUCUUUGUAGUAGCUGCUUUUCCAUACAGCUCUGCAUGCCUACUCAAGCAUUGUUCAGGUUGGAAGCAAUUCUUUUGUGUGUUUCUAGCUUCACAGAAUGAUCUUUAUCAUCAUGGUUUGAGCCUUGCUGAAUUCAAAAGACAGUUUCCCAUUGAAGUUUCCCUGCCUGGGCAUUGCAGGUAUGAGAUGCCUUGCCACCAAACAUUACUGGAAGAGUGAUUUUCAGCUGAUCCAACUGAGGAUGCAGGCUGGCUCUUUGGGGCAGCUUUGUCAUUUAGGCUUGAAAAGGCUGGAGACUGUUAGCAGUAAUGACCAGUGCUGCCCCUGCAGAAGAUAUUUGGCAAUAUUUAAAAUAAACAACAAACAAAAAAUAGCUGCCAUGGGUGGGAAGUGAGGAUGAAUCAUUGUUUCACUACAAAAAUCUAUUUCCUCUUGAAUUGUUUUUUGUCCUUACGAGGACUGUAAAUAGGCAUCUUUUGGCUUGUGACAUCAGUAGAACAGGUCAUGGUCGUGUUAAACAGGUAAGGUCAUGUUUGUUGUGCCCACCGGCAGAGUAGGAGCAGGAACAGUGAAGGGGCUUGCACUGGGGCUAAGAUGGCCAGAACAGGUAAAUGUGAACAUUUGCAUAUUCAUAGACUCAGUGUAAAUGUACAAUGAAUCUGUGUUCACGGUUUAGUCACUGAAAAAAUUCUUAAUGGUGUGUGUGUCUUCACAGUAUCUUUUGUAUUUCCCACUGCUGUCCACUGUGAAUGCUUAGACCUUUUGUGUAAACAUGAAGGGUUGUGUUACGAUGCCUUCAAAUACAGUUUGAAUUGCUAUAGGAUAUAAAUGCUUCCUUAAGUGAAAAUGUGGGAUCAGAAUCUGUCAGUCUCGUGGUGAUUCCUGUCUUGAAAAAUCUCAUAUCAGUUCUUAGUUGCUGUUGCCAAUUAAAUAAAUAGUACUGCUGUAAUUUUUGUUCCCCUUCACUGAUGUUUGUGAAACAUUUACAGUGUAUGGUCUAAAGACUAAAUUUACAGAAAUAUCCUUAAAGUAUAACACUUGGUUUAUUAUGUGUCUCAGUAUUUAUUAUACUGAUGUGUCAUUAUUCAGUUGCACUCAAUGCAUGUCUCUGUCUCAGUAUCUGUAGUUCACAGUGUUUCAGUGAUUCAUGAUUUACUCCUCACUAGUGUGUCCCUUUUUUAAUUCUCUUUUUAAAAAAUGCUAAUAUUUUUGACUGCUUAAGAGAGCAUUAGUACCAUGCAUUUAAUUUGAUGUUAUUUUGGCACCAGUGAACAAUGCUGUAAUAUUGUGCAUCAAUGUUCCUUUUUAAAUUAUGUAUUAAAGCCCUUGUGGAUAACUUAUUGAAAAAAAAUAUGGAACAGUAAGAUAAAUUGUGUAACUUGCAGUGCUGCUUCUAAGGAUUAUAUAUAAAAUAUACAAUGUUGAUGCAAACCUUUUCUUCCAUUUAGAUUUCCUUCCAGCAGCCUCCUCCGUUGGGCUAACAAUAUUAUCCUAAGUGUGCUGAUAUUUACAGUUUUGCUCAGUUAUCUGGUACUUUUCCAAUAGCCUUGGUAUGCACUCAUCCAUUAUUAUAUUCAAUUGCCUAGAAACAUCAAGAUAUCCUCAAAGGCUUUUAAUGUGAUUAAGCCAUGACUUCUUCAGCCUCUUUUAUAAUACCGUAAUCUUUUGUGUGCAAUAACAAAACUAGAACAUUUGCACGUAUUAAAUGGAUUGUUGUUUGCUUCUCCAUUUUGAAUAAGUCUGUCUGCGAGGUUAGAGUGAAACAUUGAUACAGUCAUCUUAAUAGUUGACAACAUUAUUAAUGAUCAUUCCUGAACCGGAAGACUGAUUCAGAGAUGAUAAACGGGUUAUUCACUUGGCUAAAUGUGAGACUUUGUAAGUAUGGUAGAAAUUAUAUUGAUGAUGGCAAAGAUGUAUACGCAUAUAUAUCCAUAUGUAAACUGGAAAACAAGAAAUAAAAAUUUUUACGUAUACAUCAAGUUACACUCUUUAGUACAACCUUAGCUUUCAGAUGCCUCAUUUUCCGAUGUGUAGUUUAAUACAUAUAAAAAAGAUGUGCUUUUCAGAUCAUGACUGCUGACCCUUUUCUAAAAAUCAUCCUUUAUGCUUUCAGUUUAAAGCACUCCAAAAGUGAGUAACUAGGCAUCACUGGUAGAGUUUUAAAUAAAUGUAAAUUUUAGAUUGCUAUAGACUAUUGCAGAAAGUUAAAUAUGGUUCAGAGUUAGAAUUUUUGAGCCUUUUCUUCUCUCUUGCCUACAGGAUUUUUUAUUUAUUUAUUUUCAUGAGAUCUAGGGAGAAAUGAAAGCAAAUAGAGGGAUUUUAACUUAUGGAGGGUUUUUUGACAACAGUAUACCUCAUGCAAAAUAGUACAUCAGCUGCUAAAAGCUGAUUUUAUUUCAGGACUGAUGAGACUUUGAGUGCGAUGACAGGAAUAAUACUAACAAGCUCAGAAAGGAGGUGUCUAUGACCCUCAUUAUCAGAAGGAGCUUGGCUGCUCAAGGUUUUGAAAACAGGAUUUCUGAAGAAAGAUUAGGGGAGAGAGCUGGGUUGUAAGGACUUUCAGAAAAAAAAACCCAAAACCCUGAAAUCUCAGAAACCUCUUGACAGGAGAAGACUGAUUAGCAGUUUGAAGGAUAGGUUUUAUAGCUCAUGACUGUACUGUGAAUGUUAAUGUCUAUUGAAUUUUCAUAUAAAUGUUGCACUAGUCCUUGUGCAUUGAAUGGAGAUGUGCUUGCACCAUGGUGCAUGGUUCAUACAGAUGUUUCUGAGAUGUAGUCUGUAAUUUUCUAAAUGUAAAACUCUGAAAGCCAUAGUGGUAAAAAUAAAAAAUAAAAUACUGCGAUUGAAUACCAUGUGUUCUGUGCAAAAUGAGCAGAUUAGAUGUUUGUGCUCUGAUGUCUCCUAAACUGGUAAGAAUCAAGAGAAUUUCAACAUUGAACUUUGUAAAGCAGUCCUAGUACAUUGUUUUUACUGUAUCUGCUGUGAAGUUGAUUGGUUACACUGUGAAAAAAUAAAU